AAUAUGCAAAAGCUUCAUAACUGAUUUAGACCUUUUAUAAAAUUGCUAACUCAAAACGAGAGCGGCGAUGGCGAUGGCGACAAACUAGGGUUUCUAUGGUUCCUCGACGAUGGAAUCCUGGAAUUGAUGGAGAUUUUCAGAAAGGGAUAGCGGAUCUACAAGUGAGGGAUCACGGAAUAUUGGGGAUAUGCGGGGGAAGUUGGGCAAAAAAAUCUCGAUCGAGUUUGCGAUGGGUCCGCAAUUCACCGAAUCAGAUGGAGAUAGGAAGAUUGGGAGUAUUAUUACGAUCUGGAUAUCGAUCGAGAGGUUCAAUAAUCAUUAAAGCUCUACAUCAUAAAAGUGAAGAGUCAGCUCAUUGGAAGUUCGGGGGAGAUGAAGAAUGGUGAAGGAGCGCGCAAGAGGCUGAAGAUCUCGGUUCCACAUUUCAACAAUUCGGACCUCAUCAAGGGCUACUCCAAAACUUUGAUUGGAAGAUGCAUGAACCCGGCGAAGCAAAACAUCAAGUAUUUAGUGGUGACGCUUCCCAAGAUUUGGUCCAUGGAGGAUAGGGUCGUGGGCACUGACCUGGGCCUAGGAAGGUUUCAGUUUGACUUUGAUGUCGAGGAGGACAUUGAGACGGUGUUGAAGAUGCAGCCCUUCCACUUCGAUUAUUGGAUGAUUUCACUGGUGCGCUGGCAACCAAAGAAGACUAAUAACUAUCCGUCGGAGAUCACUUUUUGGAUCAAGGUCUUGGGAGUGCCAUUGGAGUUUUGGGAAGUUCCUACUUUCCGCAGCAUUGGUGAUGCAUUAGGGGAAACAAAAGAUGUUGAUCUCGAUUACGGCAGGGUUCAAGUGGUAGUCGAUGGUUUUAAGGCUUUGACGUUUGAGACGACAGUUGACUUCACGGGAGGUGAAUAUUAUGAAGGAGAAGAGGUUCCUGUUUCUCUGCGUUAUGAAAAACUGUUUGGGUACUGUGAGACGUGUCUCAGCCUCUGCCACAAGGAUGAUGUCUGCCCACUGACGGUCAAAAAUCCUGAGAAGGCGAAGGAGAUAGGGGUUGAAAUGGAAGAAAGGGUUGAGGACAGAGCUCGAAGUUACAAGGGCGUGGUUAUUAAUGGAAAUGGGGGUCAACAAGAUAGAGGAAGAGAGCAUCGAGAGGACCAUGGAAAAGGCAAAGGUAAAAUGUAUGAGGAACAUGACUCGAAAUGGGUCAGGGUUGGGGAGAAGGAGCCUAAGAAACACCACAACCGUGGUGGUAAUCGUAGAGAGGAAGAAGGCUCACGUCAUAGGAACUCCAGGAGGGAACCCACUCGGACACACCAUCAGGAGGAACGAUCCAGAGCACACAGCGGCUUGAGGAGUGAUAGAGUGGCACGCAGCGAGGCACUCAGAGAUGUAAGAGAGGAAGGAGAAAUCAAUGACAUGGAGAAGGCAAGCCAGGGGGAAGGGACGGAACAAGAUCAGACUCAUCCUUCUCAGGCCUUCCUGGCGGAGUUAAAGGAGACUCAAGAGCCAAGCUCUCAAACUUCAGGGACGUUGAGUGGGGAACAAGGAACAUUGGCGAUACAAAUGGGUCUCGAGGCUGGGAAAACUCUGGUAAAUGAUUCUGGUUUGGAAUCAGAGGACAGUAUUAGGCUUGAAAAUGAGAAGAUAGAGGAGAUACAAACUCUUGGUGAUGGAGAAACAGAGGGCGAUGCCAAUAUGCAGGAGGCUGCGACUGAGGAGCUCAAUGGGGAGAGGGAUGUGGAGGAGGAGGAUGGUAAAGAAAAGGCUAAUGGAGAGGUAGAAAAGAGACAGGGGGGUCGUCGACGUCUUCUUAAACCGGUACUGGCCACAGGAACUUCAACUAAGCUGAAGAUGGCGCAGAUGAUGUUCAACAAGCGUAUGGCGGCAAAGACUGGAUCGCGCCAGGGGGAUCAUUCCAAGCAGGUUGAGGAGAAGGGUACAUCAAACCCGAAACCUGAUCCUCCAAAACAAUGAAGCUUUUUAUGAAUCAAGCAAUCUCUAUGAUGUCUUGUGGGUGGUUUAUGGCUUUUCCUU